AUGAAAAAAACCAACCCCAACCGCAACAAUAACUUUUCUGGCUCCUUAAAAGCCCUAGAAAAUUGUAAAGAUUUAGAGUAUUUAUGUAUUGGCUAUCAACCAAAUAUAAAAGGAGGUUUAGAAUACUUGCCAGCCGAAAAACUUACUUAUUUUGGUUGUGACGGGACAGAAUUUAAAGAAAUUCCUGAAUUAAAAGCGAAACAUAAAGAAGUAGCGGAAAAAGAAAAGCUUAUUGAAGAAUUAAGCAAAAAAAUAAAAGAGAGUGCAAAGAAGUUAGAAAAAGCGAAAGAAAGCGAAGAAGAUAAAACCCAAAAAAUCGCUCGCUUAGAAAGUCAAAUUCAAAUCCUAACCAAAAAUAAAGAAAAAUUAGCAACUGAAAUUGCGAAAGAAAAAACAGACCACCAACAAACUAAACCAAAUCACCAAUCCCAACUUAAAGACCUAACCACCAUACUAUUUCCUAGUAAUAGUUGUAAUAGUUUUGCUAAUUUUGCUUUUGCUGAUUUGAAAAAGCAAGCGAGCCAAAUUAUCCAAGAAAACCAAGAAGCCCAGGUCAAAAUCUCAGAAUUAGAAAGUCAAAUUAGCAAUUUGAAUCAACAACUCUAUUCUAUUCAACAACAAACCGCAAUUAGUCAAGGAGAAAACCUAAAAACCGCUAUGGAAAAGGAAACAAAUAGUAAUCGUUUAGCGAACGAAAAUUAUUGA